UUGAUGUUAUGUUGAAAAUUUAUCACAAAAUUAAACAGAAGUGGUUUCAGUAUCGCUACAGAUUCGUACCUUGGAUCGCUUUGAACUUGAACAGGUCAGCGAAAACAGUGGACAAGGGUCACAGUGAUAAAUUAAUACCAGAUGAAGUGGUCCACGGAUCUCUAGUGAAUCUGUUCAGUAGAUUCCACCAGUUUUAUCAGCCUGGUCAGAGGGUGUGUCUGGAGACAGCAUACAGAGCUCUGACUGACAGAGACCUCGCCCACAUCGCCAGACACAACCUACAGGUCACAAGGGACCAGCUGGGCUUCACAAUAGAGAGGGGACCAAGCACCGUCCCUCAUGGGGGAACCGGGGUAUUGGUUACCAGUGGACACGUGCCUCGGGGAACAGUAGUGUGUUUUUAUCCAGGAACAGUAUACUAUCCACAUGAAGCGAUUUUAUUCCAGAGCAUAGGCAAUACAUUCAUAUUCCGGUGUAUAGAUGGAGUACUGGUUGAUGGAAAUGACAGGUCUCUCUCCAAGAUGAUAUUCAAGUCCUGUUCCCAGAGAGAUAGACAGGGUCCAUUUGAUACAUGUGACUGGUCGUGGAUGACUGAUUACCCCCAGAAUCCUCUAGCUAUAGGCCAGUACGUCAACAAUCACAACAAAGAGUUCCCUGCUAACGUGGCCUACCAAGAGUAUGAUGUGCCUGUGGAUUUUCCCUUUCACCUCAAACAGUUCAUACCCAAUGUUUUCUACUCCUCCCACAUAAUGGAAGACCAUACAGCCUUAGAGAGGAGGCUGAGGAUGGUGGUUCUGGUGGCGGUCAGGGAUAUAAAGCCCGGGGAGGAACUCUUCUCUUCUUACUUCACCAUCGUCCACUGAGGGGCUUCCAAACUCUGACAGCCACUUAACAUCAUCGUCCAGAGAGGGACCACCAAACGCCGUCAUCCACUGAGAGGGGCCACCUUACACUGACAUGGAUAGGGCAGUAAAAUAAAGCCAUGUUAGUGAGAUGGUAUGAAGUCACUGAGGCUCCCAUUAACAUGGAUCCAACACCUGAGCUAACUGAUAUAAAAGCAGUGAAGGGUCAACUCACAUUGAACCACCCUGGAGCCCAUCAGAUGAGAAGUGGAACCACUUAGGAGGUUACUGAAAUUAGAACUGUUAAAAGGACAUCAAUGACCUACCCAUUCAGUUCAUUGGAAGGAACCACAGGGGAAGUGGCUGAAAUAUAUUACUCAGAAGACCAUCAACAUUAACUGACCCGUCAGAGCACAUCAAGGAACCACUCAGGAUACUGUUGAAUUGGUACCACUGAGGUAGCCACCAACAAGGAACCUGCUGUAAUGGAAACACUCAGGAGGCCACCAAUUUUAAUAUCCCCACAGGCUAAUGCUGAAAUGAAACACUUCUAGGUUACUGAUAUGACAAGCAUGUGACACUGCCACAAAAUCACUUAUAAAGUGACAGUGGCCGACAAAUGACUCAUAAAAAAGAAAAAGGAUGUGAUCUGAUCAGCCAGUCAGACUGGGAUGUGUGAUGUGUAAACAGUCUAGAGAAAUCACUAUAUUUACUUAUAAAUCAUUAGGUACAAAGGUUA